UUGAUGAAAAACCGAAGACCAUUCGACGCGGCAACGAAAGUUUCGUACAACUUUUUGAAGUGCACCGUGGCGGAGAAGUGCGCUGUUAAACAUGAUUAUAGAAGGCGGGAAACAUCGGGGCAAUUUAAUAACAGUAGCCACUAUUGCGUUAGCAUUUUCAACAUAUAUUCAGCAUGUUGCUAGUUUGCCGGUUGAAAUCAACAAUCAGUGGCCAACAUUUCCAAGGAGAAAUAUAGCAGCAUUGGCAAGGGAUGGGUAUCUCAGAAGCGCUUCGCCAGGAUUCAAGAGAAGCAUUUCAACUCUUGCUAAAAAUGGACAACUCCCGACUUAUAGAUCACCAUACGAUGAAACCGACAAGCAGGAAACCGACGACGACGAAUCUCAUGAAAAAAGGAAUGUAGCUUCUAUUGCUAGACUUCGGAGCUACUCUGCCAUGAAACGUAAUAUCCAGGCACUUGCACGAGAUGGUUACCGCGGUGGCAGAGGACAGUACAAUCAACAACAUGACAAACGCAAUAUUGCUUCAAUGGCACGCAACGGUAUGAUUCACAAGAAAGAUGAAAUAAAUGGUGAUGAAUAUUUCUAUCCGUUUUAUCAGAAUCCUAUUCCACCUCUAUCGGAGAUGGAUGGACCAUUUGAUAUUAACGAAUUAUACGAUCUACAACAAUCGGUAAAUCCAGAUAUGUUCCCGCCUUUAUCUCAAGCCUAUAAGCGGAACGUUUAUCUUCAGCCUAUGAACGAUUUAUACACGAAUCAAAUGGAUAUGGAUGAUAACUGGAAUUACAAAAGAGGUGCUAUGGGAUUACCAGUUCAUGGCCUCUAUAGACCCAUAUUUACUGAGCCUAAUACAAGAACUAAAAGAUACAUACUUUCUCUUCCGGAUACUAUGGAUCACAAUGACAUUAACGUGCCAGAGAAUACUGAGGGAAACGACGAUAAACGCUCAGUGGAUGAAGAUGAGGAUAUACGUGAUAGUUUCGAAAAACGUCAUAUUGGUUCAUUGGCUCGAUUAGGGUUACUUCCAUCAUUUAGGUUUUCAGGAGGGCGUUAUAGUAGAUCUGGUAGAGCGCGACUUCUACUGCCCAGUCAAGAAAUGUACAGGGAAUAUAUCUCUAGUCCCGAAACUGAGCCAGCAAUCGAUACAGACGACACCGACAUAUCGUCGCCGGCAAUACCUUCUUACUCGCACCCGACCGGCAGGAUCCUCCACCGACCGUUAAACAACGACCUACCGAUCCCUAAUAAACCUGUAACGUCACCUUUUCCCAACUUCAUAGAUUCUUUCACGAAAAAUCGCUGGUAUCCAAAGGAAAAUUCUCGGUUCUACCACUUUAGGUCUCUCAAAAUUCCUUACCAUACAUCCGACAAACGGUACCUGCUUCUGCCAGCGGUGGACAAUUUUCUUCUUAGGAAGGCUUACCGUAACAGCAGUCUACCUGGACGUCGUAAAAACCAGUAGCUGUGCCAGUGCCAACUGAGCGACCGCACGGCCCUCAGCACUGGCAACUGAAUAUGUCAACGAACUUUUUAAUUCGCUGUCGUUAAAAAUCCAAUAAGUAAACCACAUGUCAUUUGGGAACACGGAUUCUGAAUAAUUAAGACAAUAAUAUACUUAUAUUAAAAUUAAAUUCUUACAUCAGUUAUCAAUGUUACUUAUAUGUUAUUUAAAAUAUAUGUUUGUUAAGAUAAAAUAUUUGUAGCUAAGUAAAUAUUAUAUUUUAAGGGAUCUCAAUUUUAAGACGACUUGGCCAGCCUACUACAGUUAUUGUAUACAUUAUAUUAUUGUACUUAAAUAACUAAAUGUCAAUCGCAAAUAUUAGUUUAAUAAGAAUACUUGUACUAAAUUGUACUCGUAUUGUAAAGUAAGUUGGAUUUUUUAUAUUUAUCAAAAAAAUUCUUGAACUUUUAAACUUAUUCAAAUAAUAUGUGAUAUGAAAAAACAUUACUACGGUUAUUUCUCUUUAAAUGUUUACUCCACUGAUAAUAAUUUAUCUCUAUAUAGAUACUUACACUUUUUGGGACAUAUCUUUGGGCAUAUUUUUUUAAAUUUUUUCUCUUUAUUAACUAGAAUUAGCUGUGUUUGACAAAUACUAUUUAGUAUAAUGUUUUAUAAUAAAUAAAUAAAUAAUAUAACUGUGAGCUUUAAGCUUUUUUAGUGUCAAAGCUUUUAAUAAUAAAGGUAAAUUAGCCUCUUUAUUAUUUUAAAAAUAAACAUAAGACAAUAAAGUGGGCAACAUUGGCGACCAUUGUACGAGAUAAUUAAAUUUAAAUAUACUGUAGUUUUGUCUGUUCGAUACUAAUACAGGUACCUUAUUUAAAAACAUCGUGUUGGUUGAAAAAUAAACCAAAAAGAUGAAAUUGUUUUUUUAUUAUAUUACCCUGU